GCGCCGCGUCUCCUCCGCGCUUCUUCUCAAUCUCCGCCAUCUUCGGGCUGACUCGGACAUGGCCGAUUACAGCAGCGUAGCGCCGCCGACAUCCAGCAGCGGAGCAGGAAUGAACGACGCGUUUAAAGACGCGCUGCAGCGGGCGAGACAAAUAGCAGCGAAAAUCGGAGGUGACGGCGUUGCCCCUGCCCCUUCCUCCAAUGAGUUCGGAUACGGAGGCCAGAAAAGGCCUCUCGAGGACGCUGGUACUAUUGGGACGGGAUUCGUUUUACAUGGGGAUGGAGGCGUUCUUUUACCAGAGGAAGUCUACCAGCCAGAAACGAAGAAAGUUGCUCCAAGUGACCCUUUUGCCGCUGUAAAGGGUGGAAUGGGUGGUCUUCCAAGGCCUACUUCGGAAGAGUUCAAGGUUCCGGAUGGCAUGGUUGGCUUUAUUAUCGGUAGAGGAGGAGAGCAGAUAUCAAGGGUACAGCAAGAAUCAGGAUGCAAGAUACAGAUAGCUCCAGAUAGCGGUGGUAUGCCUGAAAGAUCAGUGACGUUAACAGGCUCUCCAGAUUCAAUCCAGACUGCAAAAAGGUUACUGACGGAGAUUGUGGAGAAAGGAAGACCCACCCCGUCGUUUCACCAUAACGAUGGUCCAGGAUCGUCAGUUCAGGAAAUAAUGGUCCCUGCGUCCAAAGCAGGCUUGGUCAUUGGCAAGGGAGGAGAAACCAUCAAGCAGCUACAGGAACGUGCUGGGGUCAAGAUGGUGAUGAUUCAAGAUGGACCGCAAAACACAGGGGCAGAUAAGCCACUCAGGAUUUCUGGAGAUCCCUUUAAAGUUCAGCAAGCCAAAGAGAUGGUGAUGGAGCUGAUCAGAGACCAGGGCUUCAGAGAGCAGAGAGGCGAAUAUGGAUCCAGGAUGGGCGGAGGUGAUGGCCUGGAUGUGCCAGUGCCACGCUUUGCAGUGGGGAUUGUGAUUGGCAGGAAUGGUGAAAUGAUCAAAAAAAUUCAGAACGACACUGGUGUUCGGAUUCAGUUCAAACCAGACGAUGGCAGCACACCAGAAAGGAUAGCUCAGAUCAUAGGCCCACCUGACCGAGCACAGCACGCAGCUGAGAUCAUCUCUGACCUGCUGCGGAGUGUUCAAGCCGGAGGUCCUCCAGGACAUGGGGGUGGCGGCGGCGGCGGUGGUGGCAGAGGCCGUGGCCGUGGCCAAGGCAACUGGAACAUGGGUCCCCCGGGAGGCCUGCAGGAGUUUUCCUUCACAGUCCCCACCAUGAAGACAGGCCUCAUUAUUGGCAAAGGGGGUGAGACAAUUAAGGGCAUCAGUCAGCAGUCCGGUGCCAGGAUAGAGCUACAAAGGAAUCCUCCACCCAACGCAGACCCCAAUAUAAAGAUGUUCACGGUUCGUGGAACGCCCCAACAGAUCGACUAUGCCAGACAGCUGGUUGAGGAGAAGAUUGGAGGUCCAGUCAACCCUAUGGGUGGACCUCAUGGCCCACCUGGUCCCCAUGGAGGCCCUUCACCCCAUGGCCCUCCUGGUCCACCAGGUCCUCCUGCCCCUAUGGGACCCUACAAUCCUGGACCUUACAACCAGGGACCUCCUGGACCACAUGGUCCUCCUGGGCCUUACCAACCUCAGGGCUGGGGCAACGGGUACCCUCACUGGCAGCAAGGUCAGCCAGAUCCCAAUAAAGCAGCAGCUGAUGCUAAUGCAGCAGCAUGGGCAGCCUAUUACGCUCAGUAUCAACAGCAGCCACAAGCCCCUAUGACGCCAACAAAUGCCGCUCCAGGCACCACACAGACCAACGGACAAGGUGACCCGCAGGCUCCAGGUCAGACUGGACAGGCAGAUUACACCAAGGCCUGGGAGGAAUAUUACAAGAAAUUGGGUCAACAAGGACAGCAGCCGCAGGACUACACCAAGGCAUGGGAGGAGUACUACAAGAAACAAGGUCAAGCUGCCCCACAGGCGGCCGCGGCAGGUGCCUCUCAGCCCGGAGGCCAGCCGGACUACAGCGCAGCCUGGGCCGAAUAUUAUCGCCAGCAGGCGGCUUACUAUGGCCAGAGUGGCUCUCAGCCCAUGGGAGCAGCACCGCAGGCCCAGCAGGUAUGCUCCCACUGACAUUACCCCUCUUUAUCUGCCUUAUGUUGAGAUGUUUUUGAGCCAUUCUGAAACUUUUGAGCUUGAACGUCCGAAUUUUUUUGUCCUUUCUCCGUAAUAUUUUCCUCCGCAGCUUCAGCAGGCGUCCAGACAGCAAAGCGACAAGACUUUAACCAAACUCUUCCCUUCCUAUACAGGCCUCUUUAUCUCUUUAUUUUGGGCAUGGGGGGUGGUUGGGGGAGCGGAGUCGGUGUUUCUGCUCUUAACAUGUUGUGUAUUUCUUAUGUAUUUCUUCUGCACAGGGCCAGUAAUGCGAAGUGGACAUAAAGUAAAUGCUACAUUGUCGAAAAAAUCCUUUAUUAAAUGUUUGGAUGCAGACGCCUUGAUGAAGAUCUUAAUUUCCUUGGUUUGUGUUUAAACUAGAUUGCAAAAAAAAAAAAGAAAAAGAAAAAAAAAAAAAAGAAAAAUAUGGUUCCGGAUUCCAAGAUUCCGAGAUUUUUUCUAUUUUGUUUUCCUCUCUUGUACAAAUGAACGGUUUGUUUUUAGUGGGGUAAUAUUGGUCAUUCCAGCUCCUGUAUCUCAUUAUGUAGUUACAGCUAAUGUCUAUAAAUGAUAGUCCUCUUUUCCAUGUAAAUCAUCUCAGUUUUAAAAUGAUAUGCCUGUUGUGUUUUUGCAAUAAAACAAAAUGAAACCUCCUGUGUUGGUAAGUGGGGCAGCAAAAGUGGGGAAGAACUUGUGUAAGAGGUUUUUUUUUUAAUUUGAUUUGUUUGUUUUUCCCCUUGUUUUUUUUUUUUUCAAAUAUUAAAAUUUUGUUUUGUGGGGUGGGUGGAAAGGGGCUCAACGCAAAGUUUAGACCAUUUCUCUGUCCGUACUUACAGACUGAAAAAUGACACUUGUCUUUGUUCCUCUGCAGCUGUUUAAACGGCUCUUGGUCUCUUUUUAUUUUUAUUUCGAUUCCUGGUCUUGUUUUUAGAUCUGGCAGAAACAAUCUUUUGACAUUUGCUUGCUAGAUGAAUGGAUCUAGUCCUGUUUUUAUAUUGCAUUUUUUUUUUCCUGGCAAUUGCUGUGGUCGUAGGAAUAGACAGGUGUAUCUGAGGGAAGGUGACUUGCUGUUGGCGAGGUAUGACUCAUUCGCAAUGACUCCUUGCUCAGUGCUAAGGUGAUGUUAUUUGUAUUGUUUCCAAGUGUACUGACUUCAGGUAGCGUGCACUGUUUAUAAUGUGAGAAACUUUCCCCCUCACAGGCGAGUUUAGGACAGCGGUAAGCAAGUACUUUUUUUUUUUUUUUUUUUUUUUUUUUUUUUUUUAAAUGUACUUUUUUUUUAUAUAUAUAUAUAUUAAAAACCAACAAAAAAAUGUUCCUUUGUAAUGUGACCUGUAGACAUUUUUAGUUGCUAUCUCUUUCUCAGUAUGCUCUUGUUUUUUUACAGGGCAGGUGAAAUGUGCUCAAUUAACAAUUAUGUAUUAUAAAAUUAUGUCCCCCCUCCUCCUUUCCCCAACUUUUAAAGAAAAAUGCAUAUAAAAAUCUGCAGGCAUUUCUUAAUCUCUUACGAUUAAAAAGCUUAAAUGCUAAGGUGCCCUUUUUUUUUCCGCUCUGCCCGUGUUGGCGGCCCUCCAGCAUAGGCCUGUAAGUGGCUCUGUAGGGCUGAGGAGUCUGUGCUGUACCACACCAGUGAAAUGAGCCUCCGCUGUAAGUACAAAAACAAUGGCCCCAUGCUGUCAAUGCAUUAUCCUUGACAAACUUGAUGUCCUUAUAUAGUGCAUAAGCCUGAAAUGUUUAUCCUGAAACUGCCUUUUUGUUGUUUUUGGGUAAGUAUGUCUGGGCUGCAAUUCAAUUUGACAUGCAAAUUGUUGAUGUCUCGAUGUUGAGCCUUUGACCUUACCCUGUUCAUGAAACCGGACUGUCACUUUUGCCUGUGUUGGUAGAAUGACACUUAGCAAUAUGUCCACUGUUUUAGUCCCUGUAGGAUUUGCCGACCACUGCUUAACUCACCUAACUGAAUUUUAAGUCAGGGCAGCACAUGCAAUCCAGUCUGCUUUUCUUUUUAAUUUUUUUUGUGUGAAACUUGCAUUAGAAAAUUUUCAGCUCAGUCCUUAAAAGUGCCAUCAGACACUGUUGUUUUGCCAAGUUUUCUUCCAUUGCAUUCUAAUGUGAACCUUACUUUACCAAACCAGUGCUUAUUUAGGCAGUUCUCUUGCAAAAUGUCUUGUUCAGAUGUUGGCUGACUUGCUUAGUAUCAUUUUUCCAGGCUGUCAUAGAUCUAUGAAUCGUUUUGCCAUUGCUUAAAGACUUCUUGAAGGCUGUCAAAUCGAUGCAAAUGAUUCAUUUGACAAUGUUGAUUGGCACAAAUGAGCAGUGCAUUGUCUGAUUUUGCAGCGUCAUCCCACACCUUAGGUUCUGCUGCAAUAACACAGGUAAGCUUAACCUAAGAAACCAAGUGUUUUGAACCUGUGAAUCAGUCUUGACUUGUAUUUUGCCUGACUUUUCUACUCAACCCGACAUUGGUGCAUUUUUUUGUUAGAAUUUCUAGGCACAUGUCUUUAUGAAAUGUUGACAUUAGUAUUGAAAGCCAUAGCCCUUUACAGCGAGACGUAGGAUGUUCUGUAUUUGAAUGAUGUGCAUGUCACUGGCUGACAUGCAGCUUAAUGUGAUUUUUAAUUUUUCUUCCAUAAAUGCAAAGCAUCUAGCAUUUUUAUAUGAUUUGAAAUGCCGUUCUUGUUCAUUCGAUGCCAAUAUGUCCAAUGCUUAUUCAUUCUGAUGUUAGUCUGUUGGUUAAACCUGUUCUAGGGUGUUUAGGAUGGCUCAAUGUCACUGUAGAUCAUUUUCCCUGCCUUAUCAAUGCUGCAUGCAGUUGGAAUAUAUAUACUAUAUAUAUAUAUUUAACCAGGGAUCUGUCUUGGCAGUUAUUUCACUGAUACUGAAGUGUACACAUGUAUGUAUGCUCUCAUGUCACUGGUUUAAACCCUGUGCUGUUGCUAUUGCCCUUCUGUAGUGCUAAUACAAAUUGCUGCCUUCAUUCUCACUCACAGUGUUGAAGAUGCUGCAGGCAUAGGUCGUAGAAUCAGGUCCUGAGCUAGGUUUGUCCCUAAGGAGGAGUCUGAGUCUGUCCCUCCGCUGAACAUAGACCGUUCGAGGGCUCCAGUUAUAAGGUAAAGAAAAUGUAUCCUGAGGAAUCUGUGAUUGCAAAGUGAAUGUUAUUCGUGCAGGGCAAUUGUUUUUGAUGCUAUUCUGAUGAGCUAGCAUUGUCUUAAGAUGAGUAACAACAUGCUUUUUGAAUUGUCGGUUGAUGAAUGGCCUGUUUGAUGAACUAUGAUGAUUUCGUACAUGCUUUGCCAUUUGCUGAUAUGGGUCAGGAAUCAAUGCUAGAUGGAUGGAUCAUGACCAGGAACUUUUUUUUUUGUUUGUUUUUUGUUUUGCGUAGCAAAUUUUCAGACUUUUGAUUGCUUUUUGGCAGUUUAAUUGGAGAGUUUCUUUGAAUUUUGCUGUCCGUUGCUGCAUAUGUUUUGGUAUGCAUGCAAUAUGCUCUUUCCUUCUGAGCAAAUUGUUCACAACAGAAUUCGUGGGGGUGUAGAAAAGAAGACUUAAUCGGAGGCUAUCUGAGAAAUGGGGAGCAUGCCUUAGAGGUAAACACAGUUAGUUUCAUGUACUGUUCAAACUCUCAAAUGUACAUUUUAUUUUUGUUUAUUUUGCUGAAUAUUGUUGGUUUUUUGAGUGAGCGUUGUUGACAUGUCCAUCAAUAAAAUUGUAAUGAUUGGAA